AUGACGAGGGACGCUUAUCUCAAGCGGUCUCUCGGCACCCUGUACAGACCUAUCAAAGAGUCGCGUGUGCUCCUCGUUGGUGCUGGCGGCAUCGGCUGUGAAUUACUCAAGGACCUCCUGCUAUCCGGCUUUGGGGAAAUCCACAUCAUUGAUCUCGAUACGAUCGAUCUGAGCAAUCUCAACCGACAGUUUCUUUUCCGAUAUGAACACAUCAAGAAGUCGAAAGCAUUGGUUGCGAAGGAAGUUGCACGUAAAUUCCAACCCAGCGCGAAGCUAGAGGCCUACCAUGCGAACAUUAAAGACAGCCAAUUCAACGUGGACUGGUUUGCGACUUUUGACAUUGUUUUCAACGCGCUUGACAAUCUCGACGCCCGGCGCCAUGUCAACAGGAUGUGCUUGGCGGCCAACGUGCCAUUGAUUGAGAGUGGGACAACGGGAUUCAACGGACAGGUUCAGGUCAUCAAGAAAGGUCGAACGGAAUGCUAUGACUGCAAUUCGAAGGAAGUGCCCAAGACUUUCCCCGUGUGCACGAUACGAAGUACACCGAGCCAACCGAUCCACUGCAUCGUCUGGGCUAAGAGUUACUUGCUUCCUGAGCUCUUUGGUACGAGCGAGGAUGAAUCGGAGGAAUUCGACCAUGCAGCGGAUGCCGACAACGCUGCCGAAAUCGCCAAUCUUCGCAAGGAGGCGCAAGCACUCAAAGAGAUCCGCGAGUCUAUGGGCUCCCCUGAGUUCUAUCAGAAAGUGUUCAACAAGGUCUUCAAAGACGACAUUGAACGCCUCAGAGGUAUGGAAGACAUGUGGAAAACGCGGAAGCCGCCCCAGCCUCUCGAUCUCGAGCAAUUGCAGCAAGAAUCGUCCUCCAUCGAGCCCGUUGUCUCCGUGAACGACCAAAAGGUUUGGUCAUUGGCCGAAGAUUUCGUUAUAUUCAAAGACAGUCUGGACCGACUCAGCAAACGCUUGAAGACGCUUCAAGAUGUUGCAAAGGACGGUGUCAAGCCGAUCCUGUUAUUCGACAAGGACGAUGUUGACACACUUGACUUUGUGACUGCCAGCGCUAAUCUGAGAGCCACGAUAUUUGGAAUCGAUCCCAAAUCGAAGUUCGAUACAAAACAGAUGGCUGGCAAUAUUAUCCCGGCAAUCGCAACGACCAACGCCAUGACUGCCGGUCUCUGUGUACUACAGGCUUACAAAGUUCUCAAAGAGGAUUAUCAGAAUGCCAAAAUGGUCUUCCUGGAACGAUCCGGCGCGCGUGCUCUCAAUUCGGAUACUCUAAAACCGCCCAAUCCCAAUUGCCCUGUUUGCUCGGUUGCUACAGCAAGAAUCAAAAUCGACCCCGAGCGCGCCACUGUGAAUGACCUAGUCCAGGACAUCCUCCGAUUACAACUAGGCUACGGUGAAGAGUUUUCCUUGAGCAAUGAGCUGGGAACCAUCUAUGACCCGGACCUCGAAGACAAUCUGCCAAAGAAGCUUUCAGAUCUUGGAAUCAAGAAUGAAAGCUUCCUUACUGUUGUAGAUGAAGAAGAUGAUCAGCCGCGUGUCAACCUAGAGCUCGUUGUCGUUGUACCCGAAAAACCUACGCCCGCCACCACUGAGGAGAAACCUGUUGCGCUUGAGAAGAUCAUUGAGAUCCCACGCAAACCAAAAGAACCGGAGCCUCCCGUAUCGGAACCCGUCAACCGCACUCCAGUCCUCACCAAGCGUAAACGCGACGCUGAGGAAGCUGGUCUCACAAAUGGUGACGAACGUUCCAAACGCCUUGCUAGUGCUUCAGUGGCAGAAGGGGAUGGAUCAAAUCCUAUCGUGUUGGAUGAGGCAGAUGGCGGGGCUAUUCUGAUUGAUGAUGAUUGA